AUGGGAGCCCUAGGACUCUUGUGGCUGCUGCUGCCGCCUCUGCUUUCAGCAGUAGCCUCUGGCACUGGGACCGAGACCGAGGCCAACCAGAGCGUGGGCUCACCACUGGCCAUGGGGUCUGCGCUGCAGCCCCGGGAGCCGCUGAGCUACUCGCGCCUGCAGAGGAAGAGCCUGGCGGUGGACUUCGUGGUGCCCUCGCUCUUCCGCGUCUAUGCCCGGGAGCUGCUGCUGCCACCGCCGCCAUCCCCCUCGCAGCCAAGGGCCGGCCGGCUGGAGGCGCGCAGCUCGCUGGCUCUAGAUUGCGCCCCGUUGCUCAGGCUCCUGGGGCCACCGCCCGCAGUUAGGACGGCGGGAGCCAGCUCCUCGCCAGCCCCGGGGCGGACGCUGUCCAGGGUGCUGAAAGGCGGCUCGGUUCGCAAGCUACGGCGGGCCAAGCAGCUUGUGCUAGAGUUGGGAGAGGAGUCCAUUCUUGAGGGCUGCGUGGGGCCCCCAGAGGAGGCGACCGCUGGGCUGCUCCAGUUCAACCUCAGCGAGCUGUUCGGCUGGUGGAUUCGCCAUGGCGAGGGGCGGCUGAGGAUCCGCCUGAUGCCUGAGAAGAAGGCGUCCGAAGUGGGCAGAGAGGGAAAGCUGUCAGCAGCGAUCCGCGCCUCUCAGCCCCGCCUUCUCUUUCAGAUCUUCAGGAUCGGUCACAGCUCCUUAGAGUCACCGACAAGCCUGCCUUCCCCUGUUCCUGAUUCUUUUGCAUGGAAUCUGACCUGGAUAAUGAAAGAUUCUUUCCCUUUUCUGUCUCAUCGCAGCCGAUAUGGGCUGGAGUGCAGCUUCGACUUCCCCUGUGAGCUGGAGUACUCCCCUCCACUCCAUGACCUUGGGAACCAUAGCUGGUCCUGGCGCCGUGUCGCCUCGGAGGAGGCCUCCCAGAUGGACCUGCUGGAUGGGCCCGAGGCAGAGCAUUCCAAGGAGAUACCCAGAGGCUCCUUCCUCCUCCUCAACACCUCAGCAAACUCCAAGCAUACCAUCCUGAGCCCAUGGAUGAGGAGCAGCAGUGAGCAUUGCAGACUGGCCGUCUCCGUUCACAGGCACCUGCAGCCUUCCGGGAGGUACGUCGCCCAGCUGCUGCCCCAUAACGAGGCUGGAAGAGAGAUCCUCCUGGUACCUACUCCGGGGAAGCAUGGCUGGACAGUGCUCCAGGGAAGAAUUGGGCGCCCAGAGAACCCAUUCCGAGUGGCCCUGGAGUACAUUUCAAGUGGGAACCGAAGCUUGUCUGCAGUGGACUUCUUUGCCCUGAAGAACUGCAGUGAAGGGACAUCCCCAGGCUCCAAGAUGGCCUUGCAGAGUUCCUUCACUUGCUGGAACGGGACAGUCCUCCAGCUUGGCCAGGCCUGCGACUUCCACCAGGACUGCGCCCAAGGAGAAGAUGAGGACCAGCUCUGCAGUAAGCUCCCUGCUGGUUUCUACUGCAGCUUCGAGGAUGGCUUCUGUGGCUGGUCCCAAGGAACACUCUCACCCCACGCGCCCCAGUGGCAGGUCAAGACCCUAAAGGAGGCCCGGUUCCAGGACCGCCAAGGCCACGCCCUGUUGCUCAACACCACCGAGGUGCCCACUCCUGCAAGUGCUGCAGUGAUUAGCACCACAUUCCCCGCACCGAUGAAGAACUCUCCGUGCGAGCUCCGGAUGUCCUGGCUCAUCCAGGGAGUCUUGCGGGGAAAUGUCUCCUUGGUGCUGGUGGAGAACAGAACCGGGAAGGAGCAGAGCAGGAUGGUCUGGCAUGUUGCCACAAAUGAAGGCCUGAGCCUGUGGCAGUGGACGGUGCUGCCCCUCCUUGAUGUGGCUGACAGGUUCUGGCUGCAGAUUGUCGUAUGGUGGGGACAAGGAUCCAGAGCCACCGUGGCUUUUGACAAUAUCUCCAUCAGCCUGGACUGCUACCUCACCAUCAGUGGGGAGGACAAGAUGCUGCAGAAUACAGCACCCAAGUCAAGAAAUCUGUUUGAAAGAAACCCUAACAAGGAGAUGAAACUCUGGGAAAAUAUACCAAGAGAGACCCCCCUUUUUGACCCUACAGUUCACUGGCUAUUUACCACGUGUGGGGCCAGUGGGCCCCACGGCCCCACGCAGGCCCAGUGCAACAAUGCUUACCGGAACACCAACCUGAGCGUGGUGGUGGGGAGCGAGGGCCCCCUCAAGGGCAUCCAGACCUGGAAGGUGCCAGCCACCGACACCUACAGCAUCUCGGGCUACGGAGCGGCCGGCGGGAAAGGCGGGAGGAACACCAUGAUGCGGUCCCACGGCGUGUCCGUGCUGGGCAUCUUCAACCUGGAGAAGGACGACACGCUGUACAUCCUGGUCGGACAGCAGGGGGAGGACGCCUGCCCCAGCACAAACCGAUUGAUCCAGAAAGUCUGCAUUGGGGAGAACAAUGUGAUAGAGGAAGAAAUCCGCGUGAACAGAAGCGUGCACGAGUGGGCAGGAGGGGGCGGCGGAGGGGGCGGAGCCACCUACGUAUUUAAGAUGAAGGACGGCGUGCCAGUGCCCCUGAUCAUUGCGGCCGGCGGAGGUGGCAGGGCCUACGGGGCCAAGACGGACACGUUCCACCCCGAGAGGCUGGAGAAUAACUCCUCGGUGCUAGGGCUCAACGGCUACUCCGGAGCCGCAGGUGGCGGAGGUGGCUGGAAUGAUAACACUUCCUUGCUCUGGUCUGGAAAAUCCUUGUUGGAGGGCGCCACCGGAGGACAUUCCUGCCCCCAGGCCAUGAAGAAGUGGGGGUGGGAGACCAGAGGGGGUUUCGGAGGGGGUGGAGGGGGGUGCUCCUCCGGUGGAGGAGGCGGAGGAUAUAUAGGCGGCAACGCAGCCUCAGACAACGACCCCGAGAUGGACGGAGAGGACGGGGUGUCCUUCAUCAGUCCCCUGGGCAUCCUGUACACCCCAGCUUUAAAAGUGAUGGAAGGCCACGGGGAGGUGAACAUCAAGCACUACCUGAACUGCAGCCACUGCGAGGGCGACGAGUGCCACCUGGACCCCGAGAGCCACCAGGUCAUCUGCUUCUGCGACCACGGCACCGUGCUGGCUGAGGAUGGCGUCUCCUGCGUUGUGUCGCCCACCCCAGAGCCCCGCCUGCCCCUCUCGCUCAUCCUCUCCGUCGUGACCUCUGCCCUCGUGGCCGCCCUCGUCCUGGCGUUCUCUGGCAUCAUGAUCGUGUACCGCCGGAAGCACCAGGAGCUGCAAGCCAUGCAGAUGGAGCUGCAGAGCCCCGAAUACAAGCUGAGCAAGCUCCGCACCUCAACCAUCAUGACGGACUACAACCCCAACUACUGCUUUGCGGGAAAGACCUCGUCCAUCAGUGACCUGAAGGAGGUGCCACGGAAAAGCAUCACCCUCAUCCGGGGUCUGGGCCACGGUGCGUUCGGGGAGGUGUAUGAAGGUCAGGUGUCUGGGAUGCCCAACGACCCGAGCCCCCUGCAAGUGGCGGUAAAGACGCUGCCUGAGGUGUGUUCCGAGCAGGACGAGCUGGAUUUCCUCAUGGAGGCCCUGAUCAUCAGCAAAUUCAACCACCAGAACAUCGUGCGCUGCAUCGGAGUGAGUCUGCAGGCUCUGCCCCGGUUCAUCCUGCUGGAGCUCAUGGCGGGAGGAGACCUCAAGUCUUUCCUCCGGGAGACCCGCCCUCGCCCGAACCAGCCCUCCUCCCUGGCCAUGCUGGACCUGCUGCACGUGGCCCGGGACAUUGCCUGCGGCUGCCAGUACUUGGAGGAAAAUCACUUCAUCCACCGGGACAUUGCCGCCAGGAACUGCCUCUUGACCUGUCCGGGCCCCGGAAGGGUAGCCAAGAUUGGGGACUUCGGAAUGGCCCGGGACAUCUACAGAGCGAGCUACUACAGGAAGGGCGGCUGUGCGAUGCUGCCGGUGAAGUGGAUGCCCCCAGAGGCCUUCAUGGAAGGAAUAUUUACAUCCAAAACAGACACGUGGUCCUUUGGAGUGCUGCUGUGGGAAAUAUUCUCUCUUGGAUAUAUGCCAUACCCCAGCAAGAGCAACCAGGAGGUCCUGGAGUUCGUCACCAGUGGAGGACGGAUGGACCCCCCGAAGAACUGCCCUGGGCCUGUAUACAGGAUAAUGACCCAGUGCUGGCAGCACCAGCCGGAGGACAGGCCCAACUUCGCCAUCAUCCUGGAGAGGAUCGAAUACUGCACGCAGGAUCCAGAUGUGAUCAACACGGCUUUGCCAAUAGAAUAUGGCCCACUCGUGGAGGAGGAGGAGAAAGUGCCUGUGAGGCCCAAAGACCCUGAGGGAAUCCCUCCUCUCCUAGUCUCUCCCCCAGCAGGGAAAGGGGGGGACAAGCAGGACCCAGCUGCCCCGGCCCCCCUGCCCUCCACUUCCUCGGGCAAGGCGGUGAUGAAGCCACCGGCGGCAGAGGUCAACGUUCCAGUGGCCAGAGGGCCGGCCGUGGGAGGGGGACACGUUAACAUGGCAUUCGCUCAGUCGAACCCGCCGCCGACCGAGCUGCACAAAGUCCAGCGAUCCCGGAACAAGCCAACCAGCCUGUGGAACCCCACGUACGGCUCGUGGUUCACAGAGAAGCCUGCCAGGAAGGCCCGCCCGCCAGCGCAGAAGGAACCCGAGAGGGGAGGCCCGGGACACGGGGGCGGCGGCCCCGUCCUGCCCAGCGCUGCGGCGGGCAGAGUGCCCGGGGCCGCCCUGCUCCUGGAGCCGUCCUCGCUGACGGCCAGCGUGAAGGAAGUGCCCCUGUUCAGGCUGCGCCACUUCCCGUGUGGCACCGUCAACUACGGCUACCAGCAGCAGGGCCUGCCCCUGGAGGCCGCCACUGCCCCCGGGGCCGGUCACUACGAGGACGCGGCCCUCCAGAGCCAGCCUGGGCCCUGA